GAGAUGGACUAACUUCCACCUUCUCGCUCUCACAACAAAGACACAAUCAGCCUUUUGGUAAAAAGUCAGCCAUUGAAUCAAACUCGCCAUGGAUGCGAUUCGCUCUCUCGUACAGCCGAUUACACACAAGCUACCCCCGCCAAUCCGCGACCUCGGUGAAUCCAUCAUUGGUCCAGUGUGUUACAAGACACUUCUUCUCGAUGUCGACCCAUCCGACACUACGUGUGUCAAGCUCGCCGUAUCAAAAGGCCUGGGCAUUGGUAUAAUUGCGGCAUCAUCGAUCGUGAAGGUACCCCAGAUUAUCAAGCUGGUCAACUCAAAGUCGGCGUCGGGCGUAUCCUUUCUAUCUUAUCUCCUCGAGACCUCGGCAUAUCUUAUCGGUUUGGCAUACAACUUUCGCAGUGGCUUCCCCUUCAGCACGUAUGGCGAAACGGCCCUGAUUUUGGUGCAAAACGUCGUGAUCUCGCUGCUGGUGCUCAACUACAGCGGCAGGCAGGGCGUGGCUGCGCUCUUGGUUGCCGCAUUGGCGAGCUCGGCUGCGACGUUGUUCAGUGAGGCUAUGGUGGACAUGAAGACCAUGGGCUAUCUCCAGGCCGGUGCAGGUGUGUUGGGGGUUGCGAGCAAGGUGCCCCAGAUUGUGGCCAUCUGGCAGCAGGGAGGUACGGGACAGUUGAGCGCGUUUGCCGUCUUCAACUACCUUGCCGGUUCGCUGUCCCGCAUAUUCACAACUCUUCAGGAGGUCGAUGAUCAGUUGAUCCUGUACGGAUUCGUCGCUGGCUUUGUGCUAAACCUGGUCCUUGCUGUCCAGAUGGUGGUUUAUUGGAGUGCGCCCGCACCUGGAAACUCCCAGGCCACUGCAAAGAAGAACAAGAAGAAGUCGCAGGCCAAGAAGACAAACUAGGGCGGCCAUCGUGAGACAAUCGUCUUUUCCUGACUGUAAUAGAGUGCGCGACCAGGGAUAAUACUUAUCUACUUGCUAUAAUACUGCACUCAACCUAAUACCACAAACAUUAGAUUACGAAACAAACUAAUUCUUAUCUUCCAAA